CCUGAGCAACAGCUAGAGACUGCGUGGGCUAUAGCUAGAUACUGCCGGAGCUAGAGGCAGACUGCCGGAGCUACAGGCAGAGAUUGCCUGAGCUACAGCAAGAAGCUGCCUGAGCUACAGCCAGAGACUGCCUGAGCUCCAGCCAGCGCCCGUCUCUGAGCAAAGCCACAGGGCCAUGGCGAGUGCGGCUCCAAGUAAUAGCGAGGUUCCAGGGGAGUUGACCUGCCCCAUCUGCCUGGACGCCUUCCGCUGCCCCUGCACGCUGGGAUGCGGCCACUCGUUCUGCCUCGAGUGCCUGGAAGGCACCUGGCAUGCGGCAGAGUCCUUCUCCUGCCCACAGUGCCGAGUGACUUUUCCUCGGAGGCCCAAGCUGAACAAGAGCGUGACGCUCACUAACCUCAUCGAGCAGCUGCGAGUGGCUGAGCCCAUGGCUGCCGAUUCUGCUGCUUCUGCUGUUUGCUGCGAUCAUUGCAGGAAGCCCGCAGUGAUGACUUGCCUCAAGUGUGAGACGUCGUUCUGUAUGACCCACGUCGCGCCCCACCGGAAGUUGGCAAAGUUUAGUGACCACGUCCUGGUGUCGCCCGGUGUGAACCUGGAGAAUCGACGGUGCGUGGAACACGGAGAGGAGUACCUCUUCUACUGCGUUAACGAUGGACGCCUCGUCUGCAGGGACUGCACCGUCACUGUGGAUCAUCGAGGGCAUGAGCUCGUCACUCUGAAGAUGGAGCACGACAAACGAAAGGGGUCCACGACAGAUGAAAAGGCCUCAAUUUCAGUCAGAUUCGCCCGCACGAGAGCAGCGUUGGAUGCGGAGGAGAAGGCGGCUUUAGAGCAAGCGGAGCAGAAAGGGCGCGAGCAGCUGUCCCAGAUUGAGAACAAGAUUGCUCACUACCAGCGCGAGAUCAGCGAGCUCCAGGCAGCAGCCACUCGCCUGGAGGCCCUAGCACAGGAAAGGGACUCGCUCGCGUUCCUGCAGGGGCACCUGGAGGAGACGCGCAGGACAGGGAGGGUUACAUCAGCUCCACCCUCAGCUCCCAGCCAAGAGGACAUUGCCUCACUUAAAGUCCUGGAGACAACUGCAGUCAAACGCUUGUAUGGACGCUCACCGACUCUGGACACAAACUCGGCUUAUGACUACCUCCAGAUCUCCUCGAAUCUCAGGACGAUGACGCUGACCGGUGCCUCCCAGGGUCGCCCCGAUCACCCACACCGGUUUUAUUGCUUUGCACAAGCCCUGUGCAGUGAGAGCUUCUCGUCGGGCCACCACUACUGGGAGGUGGACGUGGGGGACGCGCGACGGUGUCGUGUUGGAGUCGCGUACGGGACGAUCCCACGGAAAGGGAGUGGUGGUGCUGCACAGCUGCUGGGAGGGAGCAACGCAUCCUGGUGUUUAGAGAAACGUGACGACAACUUCUCAGUGUUUCAUGGUAGAGUGAAGACUGCACUGUCGGUGAGGGGGGCCCCCUCCCCCCGCAGAAUCGGGCUUCACCUGCACUGGGAGGGGGGCCUCCUGGCAUUUUACCGCGCCGACUCCAUGGAGGUGAUCCACGACGUUCGGCAGAGAUUCUUGCAGCCUCUCUACCCUGGGAUGUGUGUGUGGUGUUUUAAUGAACCAUUGAAGAUCGUGGAUCUGAGUGAUGCAUCCUGAGGAUGGGGAGAGAGAAACCUAAUAAACCGAGACAGAAACCCAAUAAACGGAGGAGAGGGGGAUGGUGACGAGAGGGUGAAGUGAGAGUGAGGCAAAAGUGAAACGGAAGGUGGAACGGAAGGUGAGGUAAGGUGAGGGGAGGGUGAGGCUAUGGGAGGGUGAGGUGAAAAUUGACGGAAGGGUGAGGUGAGCGUGGAGGGGGAGAGUGAGGUGAGCAUGGGGUGAGGUUCAGGUUGGUGUGCGUGAGCGAUGUCACUGGUGCAGUACAAAUCGCCGGUGCGGAAGUUUGAGGGAUUUGAAUGAAAUUUGAGUGGGAAAUCAGCGCAGCCCCAGAGUCCGUGUGGCCGCUCCUUCACCUGCAGUGCGCGCUCACGUCACCACACCUCCUCAUCCCUGUGAUUCACCAUCAUCACCAUCAUCACCAUCAUCACCAUCAUCACCCCAUCAUCACCGCCAUCAACACGGCCCCAAUCAUAAUCACCAUAGUCAUCACCACCACCAUCAUCGCCAUUAUCACCAACAGCAUUAUCACGAUCAUGAUUACUAUCAACACCACCAAAACCAUCAUAAUCACCAUCAGCAACAUCAUCGUCACAAUCAUCACUAUCACCACCAUCAUCACUAUCACUGUCAUAACCGCAAUCACCAUCAUCACCAACACCACCACUAUCAUCACCAUCAUCAUGAUCAUCUUCAUCAUUAUCAUUGCUCCAGUAUCAUCACUAACAUCACCACCAACCCAUCAUCAUUAACAUCACUAUCAUCAAUAUCACCAACAUAAUCAACAUCAUUAUCCCCAUCAUCACCACGACCCCGAUCACCACCACCACUAUCAACACCAAAAAAACACCAUAAUCACAUCCAUCACUAUCAUCAUAAGCAUCACUAUCAUCACAACCACUAUCAUCAUCACCAUCACCAACACUGCCGCGAUCACCACCACCACCAUCAUUAUAGCAACCAUGAUCACCAUCAUCAUCAUAGUAAUCAUAAUCAUUACUAUUAUUACUAUCAUCAAAACCACAAAAAACACCAUAAUCAUCACAAUAAUCACAAUCAUCAUCACCAUCAUGAUCAUCAAUACAACAAUACCCACCAUAAUCAUCACCACCAUCACUAUCAUCACUAUCAUCACUAUCAUCACCGUGAAAACCACGAUCACCCUCAUCACCAUUUCACCAUUAUUACCACCACUACCACCUUCAUCACAAUCAUCACCAUCACAAUUACUAUCACCCCCCCCCCCCCUCCGCAAAUCCCUUAUCUCCACAUGAAUCAUUAAAGACAAUACACACCACGUAACGUUUUACUCAUCCCAUCAUUCGCAGGCACGGCCUUCUGGGAGUGCCUAAUUGAAGCGGCAUUUGGUUCAACGCAAGCAACACUCUGUGCAGGUUUCGACAUUCAGUGUCUCAUCAGCAGCAGAGUCAGGCUCGCGUAAAGCAACUUACUUCGCACCGUACGUAGACAACCGUGCAAAUCGGAGGUGCAAUGCUGGCGAACAGCCUAGAUGUUCAUAGGCAAGGAUCGAUUCAGACGUUCAGUGUCUCAUCAGCAGCAGAGCCAGGCGUUACUUAAACCAAGGCUCACAAAGUUUUGCCGACUGGUUUCCUGGCCGCCUGCCUGUAUGUAUGUUAAAAUUAUAUUGCAAUGUAUGUAACCAACUGGGCUAAUCGCAGGUGCGGGGGAAGGACAACAAACUAAACACAAAAAUAAGUUCUAAAUAAAUAGUUUGUAAAUUUAGAUGAUUUAAAAGUGAAGAGCUCCAGUGGCUUCAUAAUAAUGUAAGGAAAGGCGGCUGCAGAAGCAGCACCACUAACAACGCCACACAAUACGGUGACCGUUUUUGUUCAAUCCUGCAAUAGGAUUAUAACCAUUACUGUGCGGAAAUGUUCAUAAGAUUUGAUGACUGGAUUCCUGGCUGCUUGCCUGGCUUCUUGGCGAGCGGGCGAGCAAGUGAUGACGUCACGGCGUGCAUCUGCGGGAUGACGUCACCACCGCACCCCAAAGCGUUGAAUCGGGUUCAUGCGUGGUGCUGACGUCACAACCUCCCUCCAAAUCUACCAUUCACCCCAGAGCGUUCAUCCCACGCAAAUGAGUGGGAUGCGUCAUCAAGCUAUCAUAUCAUAUUCAGAUCAUCAUACUAGCAAACUACAUUAGAAAAAUUAUUUUUUUUUGGUUGGAUGGCUGGAGCGAUAUAUGGUGGGACGCAGUGGUGGCUCCUGCAAAAUCUCUCAGGGGGGGCAAAUGUCUGGAUGAUUGAUAAGGAUAAGGUCCACCCAUGCAAUGGAUAAAUUAACAGCUUAAGCAUGUCAAGGCAACUUCACUUCUUUAAUAUUAAUGAAAAAUAAAGUGACUCUUACAAUACAUCUUGUUUGUUUCUAUACUCACUAUUAAAACAAACCACUCAAGUUUCUUUUAUUAAAGAUUCCACUAGGUGGCCACAAAUUAUAUUGUUGGAUGAAACGUGCUUACGUAUGAUGACGUAAGCACGUAUGAUGACGUAAGCACGUUAGGGCGAGCCCUCCCGGAAGCCAUAGAGCAGGGGUCCUCAAACUACGGCCCGCGGGCCACAUGCGGCCCGCCGAGGACAUUUAUCCGGCCCAUGGUCACUAAUUGGGCUGCGCUUGUGAGCACUAAUUGGGCUGCGCUGGUGAGCACUCAUUGGGCUGCGGUGGUGGGCACUGAUUGGGCUGCGGUGGCGAGCACUGAUUUGGCUGCGCUGGUGAGUACUGAUUGAGUUGCGGCGGUGGGCACUGAUUGAGCUGCGGCGAUGGGCACUCAUUGGGCUGCGCUGGUGAAUUGUUCAAUGGGCCAAUUGACUGGACUUGCCCCCCAGGCCUAAGGCUGCCAGCCCUCCCCUGGUUGCACUUGACUGGCUCUCCCUCAGCUCCCUCACUUGCCCCUCGGCUCCACUCCCAGUGAUAUUCCUGUGUGCUGGGGAUGUACUGCGAUCUGUGAACAAAACUGCAGGUGUAAUUAACUUUAUAAUGGCACACGCACCAGUGUGAGCCUGGGGUAAAAGCGGAGUUCCCCCAAUCAGACUGCAUUGAUGGGCAGUGCAGUCUGUAUGUCUCUGUGUGGGCAAAGUUAUUGCUGGUAUAUUGUUUUUGUAGCGCUGUAUAUAUAUAUUGGUAUUUUACUAAUAUCAAUUUUGACUCCCUAGGAAACAAUGAUGUCAAGAAAGAGAAAAAUUGACUCGGAGUGUAGGAUAUUUAAAGAACAGUGGACUUAUGAUUACUUUUUCAUGCAGUACAAGGAAAGAGCUGUGUGUCUGAUAUGCCAGAAUAUAGUGUCUGUGUUCGAAGAAUACAAUUUACGUCGACACUAUGAAACUCAACAUAAAGAUAAAUAUGAUUGUUUGGUCGGAGAAGUGAGAAAAGAUAAAAUAUUAAAACUGAAAAAUGCAUUAACAACUCAGAAAAAUACUUUUGUGAAGCAGAAGCAGCUAAAUAUUUCAUCACUGCGAGCAAGUUUUCAAGUUGCCAAGCUAAUAGCGUGCACUGGCAGACUAUUCGUGGAGGGAGAAUUUGUUAAAGAAUGCCUUCUUUCUGUUGCCAAAGAGAUGUGUCCAGAGAAGGCCGAUUUAUUUAGUACAGUGAGUCUUUCAGGACCUACAAUUACACGGAGGAUUGAAGAAAUGGGAGACAAUUUGCAUCAGCAUUUGCAAAACUCCACAAAAAAACUUUCCUAUUUUUCCUUGGCACUCGACGAAAGCAAUGAUGUUCGUGAUUCUGCACAACUUCUAAUUUUUAUUCGUGGGACGAAUGACUAUUUCGAAGUCACAGAAGAGCUUGCUGCACUGCAAAGCAUCAAAGGAACAACUACAGGAGAGGAUCUUUGAAAAGGUUUGCCAAACUGUGAAUGGUUUGGAGCUGAAUUGGGCUAAACUAGCCAGUGUGACAACGGAUGGUGCUCCGAGCAUGGUGGGGUCUAAGAAAGGAGUAAUUGCUCGCAUUAACCAAGAGAUGGACAAACAUAACCAUUCUCAUCCAAUAGCCAUACACUGCCUCAUCCACCAACAAGCGCUGUGUAGUAAAUCACUGAAGUGGGACUCUGUUAUGAAAAUUGUGGUAUCUUGUGUUAACUUCAUUAGAGCUCAUGCACUAAACCACAGACAAUUUCAGGAAUUUCUGUCUGAACUAAAUGUUGACUAUGAAGAUGUUCUGUACUACACAGAAGUCCGUUGGCUGAGUCGAGGUAGAGUUUUGAAACGUUUCUAUGACUUACUUCCACAAAUUACAGCUUUUCUGCUUUCAAAAAACAAAGAAGUACCAGAGCUCAAUGAUGCAGAAUGGAAAUGGCACCUUGCCUUUCUGACAGAUGUAACAGAGCUACUCAACAGUUUCAAUGUGCAACUUCAAGGAAAGGGGAAGCUCCUCUGUGAUAUGCAAUCACAUGUCAAAGCAUUUGAAAUAAAAUUAGGCCUCCUCAUCAAACAAGUUAAGGAGGAAAACUUCUGCCAUCUCCCCACAACUCAAAAUCUGUUAGCGGAAAAACCAUUGGUUGCAAUUCCCAAACAAAACAUGUGUGGAUUCACUGGAAACAUUGCAAAAGGAGUUCCAAUUUAGAUUUAAAGAGCUUCAUCUCCAUGAACAGGGCAUACAGCUUUUCCAUAACCCAUUUUCUAUUGACAUUGAAAAUGUGGAUAUAAUUUACCAAAUGGAACUGGCUGAACUGCAGAAUUGUGACUCUGAAAGACGCAUUAAAGUCAAGCAGCCUUCAUAAUUUCUAUGCAUCUCUCCCCUCUGAGACAUAGCCUCAUCUUAGGAACCAUGCACUCAAAAUGGCAACCAUCUUUGGCAGGACUUAUGUCUGUGAACAGACUUUUUCCAGAAUGAAACAUUUGAAAUCUCCAACCAGAUCUAGACUAACGGAUGCACACUUGCAUCACUUGUUACGACUAGCAGUGACAAAUAUGGAACCGGACAUUGACCAUCUCAUUAGCCAAAAGCAGGCCCAUAGUUCCCAUUGAAAUACAGGCAAGUUUGUUGAUUUAACUUUACUUGUUCUUCAUUUUAAAUAUUGUAUUUGUUCCCAUUUUGUUUCUUCACUUCAAAAUAAGAUAUAUGCAGUGUGCAUAGGAAUUUGUUCAUAGUUUUUUUUAACUAUAGUCCGGCCCUCCAACGGUCUGAGGGACAGUGAACUGGCCCCCUGUUUAAAAAGUUUGAGGACCCCUGCCAUAGAGAAUGCAUUGCAGCGCCCCCCGGUCGAAAAAAAACAUCUUUGAAUGUAAGUCUAUGGGGCCACUCGGGGCGAUUCUCAGCCGGAGUGAAAUCGCCCAAAAAGAGGCGGUACUCCACAGAACGUGACAUGACGCUGAUUGGACUAUAUCCAGAGGCUGCAGUGACGGCUAGCGUGACUCUGUGGUUGAAUGACAUUGGUGGUGCGUC